GUGACGCGUGCGACGGGACGGUCUCGCGCCCCGCCGCCGUCCCCGCUCCCCCCAAGUCUUUCUCCCUCACUCAAACCGAAGAUUAACCGCAAGCACAGCGAUGGCAGGUCUCUAGCGCCCCGAAGCCCCCCGCUCCGUUUUUAUUUGAAUUCAAAGCGUCGUGUUUGGGUUUAUUCCCGGCGAAAAUGGCGACGGGGGCAGGCUGGCAGCCUCCGUACAACACCUCGACUGGCAACACCAAAUAUGCCCCCUCUCCAACGUCCAGCAUGUUUUACGACGGGAGUUUGACGCUGGAAUACACUCAAGACCUGCAUUUGAAGAUGAGCAAGAAGAUAGCACAACUGACCAAGGUAAUAUAUGCUCUCAACACCAAGAACGACGAACAUGAAGAAGAAAUCGAGUCCCUGAAAGAAGCCCACGAGGAUGAGGUCCAACACAUUGUGACAGAAACGAGAGACAAGAUCAUGCAGUACAAGAGCAAGAUGGCAGACGAGGCGGACCUGAGGCGGCGGCUGGCCAGUCUGGAAGAAUCUGUUGAACUCCACGAACACAUGAAGAGACAGGCUCUGGCAGAGUUUGAGAUGUACAGACAGAGAAUGGAGGACUCCCAGCUCUGCACUGAGGCCCAACACACACAGAGAGUGGUUUCUAUGAGCAGAGAGGUGGAGGAAAUGCGUCGGGAUUUUGAGGAGAAGCUGCGGGCGUUCAGCCAGGCUCAGGCCCAGUUUGAGGCGGAUAAACGGCGAGCGCUGGAGGAGCUGAGGGCCACCCACCGCCAGGAGGUGGAGGAACUCCUCAACAACCAGCAGAACCAGAGCGCCACCUCCACCGAAGACCAGGAGAAACUGGCUGAGCUCCAUAGACAAGAGGUGGAGGCAUUGAUGGAGAGGGUGGAGGAGCUAACAAAGGAUAAGGUCCGACUGGUGGAGGAGUACGAGGCCAAGCUGGCCAAGGCUCAGGAGUAUUAUGAGAGAGAGCUGGAGGCCAUGAGGAGAACACACCAGCUCACUACUGAGAACCUGCUGGCCUGGAAAAGGACCGAGGUUGAACUCCGUAAGGAAUUCCAGGCUCAGGAGGCAGCGCUGCAGCGCUCGCUGUCCAAGCUGAGGAGUGAGCUUCAGAAGGCCCAGGAGGAAGCCAGAGAGAACCGAGACAAGACCAACAGACUGCAGACGUCACUGGCCAAUGCUGAGGGAACCAUCAAGAACCUGCACAAGCAGCUGGAAGAAGCCAUCCAGGACGGAGAGAUCUGGGUGAUGCAGCUGAAGGACACUGAGUAUGAACUAGAGGGCAGCAGGGAGCGAGUUCAACAGCAGGCAACUGAAAUCCUCCACAAAGCCAGUCAGAUUGGCUCUCUGCAGGCUACCCAGAUGGCCCAUGAAGCGACCAUCAGGAACCUGGACCAGGAGCAGAGUCGGCUGAAGGAGAAGAUCAGCAGGCUGGAGGAGGAGAGGGAGGCUCUGCUCAACCAGAGCCAGGCAUCCAACGAUCAGCACAAACAACAAGUGCUCAAACUAGAACAGUCUCUGCGUGAGGAGCACCAGGGCUAUGAGAAGGAGCUUUCCAGACUCCGAGCACACUAUGAGGAGGAGAUGCUUCGCUUCAAGGAGGCGCAGGUCAGAGCGCUGGAGGAGAUGGAGGAGAAACACCAGGCCAUGAGGGAGGAGGCCCAGCAGGAGAAAGAGGAGGAGAAGAACCUCCUCAUGACGAAAAUGAGUCAGGAGUUUGAGAUUAAGCGUUUGUCCUUGGAGGAGCAGCGAGACCGUCUCCAGCAGCAACUGGACAACUUGAAGGAGGAGCUCUCGGCCAAACUCAACAUGGCCAAUCAGGAGGUGUCCCACCUCCAGGAGCUGGUGAGGGAGGGGCAGCAGAACCUGGGCUCCGCUCAGACACAGAUCACCUGUCUGAAGGAGACUCAGGAGAAACUCAAGGUCGAACUAGAUGCAACUAGAGCCCGAGUCCGAGAGACCAGUAACCUGCUAACUGACCUACAGGAGGAGAUCGAGACCCAGAAACAGCAGCAUGAGGCCAGAGUGAUGUCCAUCAGAACAGAGGAGAAGCAGAAGAUGGACAAGAUGGCAGACGACUUGGACCAGAAGUGGAGAGAUGCACUGCGGGAAGAAGUGCGUUUGUUGAAGGAGGAGUUGACGGAGGAGUACGAGGCAGACAAACAGGCAGCGCUGACUCAGCUCUCCCAGCAGAAAGAACUGGAGAUGAUGGCGGCAAGAGAAGGCUGGCAGAGGAAGGUGGAGGACCUGCUAGAACAGAUCUCACUUUUGAAACAGUCCCUGGAGCUGCAGUUGUCUCAGUCGCAGUCAGCUCUCCAGCAGCUGCAGUCUCAGUUCAACCAGGAGAGAGAGCUGCUGAGCCAACAGCUCAAAGAGAUGCAGAGAGAGCAUCAGAGGAGAGAGCAUCGACUACAGGAGGCUCACUGCUGUGCCCUCAGCACCAUGGAGGAGGCCAGGCAACACCAGAUCAGGGCCCUGGAGGAGCGUCUGAAGCAGGAGCAGAGGGAGGAGGUUCAUGCUCUGAAGGAGGCCCACAGGAGGACCUUAGAGAUCCUGAGACAGCAGUCAGACCAGGAGCUGCAGACGCUGCGAUUUGAACUGGAGGACGAGGGGAAAGCAAAGCUGGCCUCUCUUCGUGCAGAGCUGAACCACCUCCAUGCUACGGCCAUAGAGCAUCUAAAGCAGAUUCAUCUUAAAGAAAACAGUGCCGCCAAACGGGACCUAGAGAACGCUAUGGAGCACAGCCACCAGCAGGAACAAGAGCUCCUGGUCCGCAUUUCAGACCUGCAGUCGGAGGUGUGUUCUCGUAGCAACCGCAUCACCGAUCUAGACCACGAGAUCCACUCUCUGAACGAGACCAUCGACACUCUGACCAGAGAGCUGGAGCUGAAGGGCAAAGAGGUGCUGCGGGUCCGCAGUGAAGCUAACCAUCAGAUAAGGGCCCAUGAACAAGACCUUGCAAAGAGACACGAGAGGGAGCUGGGGGAGCUAAGUGCCGUUCAUCACAGAGAAACCCAAAUCAUGCUUGCUGACUUCAACAAGGCCCAGGAGGUCCUCAAAGACAAGAUUUCUGCUCUGCAAAUACUGUUGGAGGGGACAGAGGAGAAGUUAAGGAACAGAGAAAGUCGACCAGAGGACCUGCAUCUUAUAGCAGAGCUCAGAGAGAUGGUCACCGAAAGAGAAGCUCUGGUCAAAAAGCUGGUGGAUGACAAGAAGUUUUACCAGUUGGAGCUGGUCAACAGAGAGACGGGCUUCAGCAAGGUCUUCAAUUCCAGUGCCAAUGUCGGUGUCAUCAACCCUCUUAUCAAGCAUCUUCCUCCUCCUCCUCCACCUUCUCCUCAUCCUCCACAUCAUCCCAUGCCAAGCCUUGCUCUUCCUCAUGCUCCUCAUCCUCAGGAACCCCUGGUGCAGCAUCAGGGCCUACAAAGCAUUGGGAGCCUUCCUGAAGCCAAUGCUGCGAUGACAUCAGACCCGAGGGGGUUGGAGGCAGGAAAAAGCAAAGAAUACGAAGAGGAGCUGUACUCCCAGUACUUCUCUUUCUGACUGGCAAAAAAAAAUUCCCAAUUCUGUCAAAAGAUGAAGUAAUGGGACAGAGAGCUAAAGUUGGACAGCGAUCAAAUUGCAGGUUUUGAAAGUCAUUUGGGCGACAUUCAAUUCAAACGUGCAUUUCAGUGAUUAAAACCUUAUGGCCUCCAUACAUGACGAGCAUUGUGCACAUCGGGCUUGUCAGUGCGUCAUCAUGAAAGUGUGCAUUGGUAGUGAGGGGACUUAAAAAACUUAGUUUACCGUAAUUUGUCUACUCAUUCCGUUAUUUUAUACCAUCUGCAAUUCUGCAAAACCUUUAUGAGUGCUAAGUGGUAAGAAAGAAAUGUAACCUUAAACAUUUGAAGGACUUCCCCGUGAAUUUUCAUUUUGAUAAACUAAGACCCAACAGUGUAAAUGGAGAAAUUAAGUGGUUUAGAUCAUUUGGAUAAACCGCUGGAUUGUGUUCCCAGAUCUCAGUGAUUACUUUGGUGAAUCAAGUUGUUUGCCAUAAACAACAGAAAUGAUGGCCAAGAAUACCAAAAUAUCACCCAAGUUGUAAUACAACUGAAUUAUUGUCUUAAAGUAGCAAUUGCCAGUAAGUCUACUGUAUCAGUAGCAUGAAACUUUUAGAAUCUCCCAAACCUCUAUGAAAUCAUUUCCCUCAUGAUCAUUCUGAUCAUUGUGGCCCAGUGUGUCACAAACUGCAGUUACGUAGUGAGUAUAAAGUGUGUUAGAGGGAUGAAGUGGCACACUGUAGAUCAAGAGAAUAUGUUUUUAGCUCCAUAUAAACUGAGUUUUUCUUCUUUG